AUGCCCCUUCCGAAGCGUCAGACGGUUCCCAAGGCCACAAAAGGCUCCAGCGAUAGUAGAUUUGCCGCCUUUGAGACUGACCCGAAGUUCCGCCUUCCGUCUAAGAAGCAUGCGAAGACGAAGCUCGACCCUCGAUUCUCGCGGUUACGCACCGAUUCGGAUUUCUACAACAAAGCCUCUGUCGACAAAUAUGGACGCCCCAUAUCCAAGGACGCGGGCAAGAAAGACCUGGAGCGCAUGUUCGAACUAGACUCAGAAGGAAGCGAGAGCGAGGCAGACGUGCCUAAAGAGAAGAAGAGGGACAAGGAUGUCUUGCGCGAAUUGGCACGGAUCCAGAAGCAAGGUUUCGACCCGAUACGCGAUGGCGGCUUGGAGUCUUCGUCCGACGAGAGCGACAGCGAGGAUGAGGAAGAAGAGGCGGAGGUAGAAGACCAGACAGAAUUGGCAGGCCAGGGUAAUGAGGUACCCAUGGGAGACGUCACAGCAAGAAUCGCCGCGGUAAACAUGGAUUGGGACAACAUUCGGGCAACAGACAUCAUGGCUGUAGCCAAUUCUUUCGUGCCUGCCGACGGGCGAAUAUUGAACGUCACCAUAUAUCCUAGCGAGUUCGGAUUAGAAAGAAUGCAACGCGAGGAAAUCGAAGGGCCACCGAAAGAGAUCUUCAGUGCAGCUGCAACGAAUCGCGCGAAGAACAUAGAAACAGUGGACGAGCUAAAAGGUUCAGACUCUGAGGAUGACGAACAAAAGAGGGACGAUGCUCUGAACGAGGCCCCUGCCGAAGACUUCGAUUCUAAAGCGCUGCGAACGUAUCAGCUUGAUCGACUCCGUUAUUACUACGCCUUGAUUUCGUGUUCGACGCCUAAUGUAGCAAAAGCUAUAUACGACAACCUAGACGGGCGCGAAUACCUCUCUAGUGCAAACUUCUUCGAUCUGCGAUUCGUACCCGAUGAAGUCGAAUUCGAUGCUGAACCGCACGAGGAGUGUGAGAAGCUGCCAAACGGAUACAAGCCAAACGACUUCGUCACGGAUGCUCUUUCACACUCGAAGGUCAAACUCACGUGGGACGCCGAUGACACAACACGGAAAGAAGUGCAAAAAAGAGCGUUUUCUCGCAAAGAGAUUGACGAGAACGAGCUCCAGGCAUAUCUUGGCACGGAUUCUUCAUCAUCCGAAGACGAGGAAGAAGCCGAUAAAGCCGGAAAAGCUGCUAGCUUGCGUGCAGCUCUUGGACUAGACGCAGCAAGCAAAUCGUCGCAACCAAAGUCGAAGUCCUCGUCGAAGAAGGACCGGGAUAUGAAGAAGCCAGAUACCGAAAUGGAGGUCACAUUCACAUCGGGGUUUGCAGCGAACGGUGCGAAGGGCUCUGUCUUCGAGAAUGAGCCUGAGGAGAACACGCUCGAAAAGUACGUUCGAAAGCAAAAAGAGCGGAAAGCCAAGCGGAAAGACAGAGCGCAGGCUAUCAAGGAAGGUCGAGACCCCGAUGCUGAGCCUGCGACUGAGGACGCUGCACCUGCUGAGGCAGAAGGCGAAAACCCUUGGAACGAUCCGUUCUUUGGCUCAGACCCUGAAGCAGAGAAGGCGUUGGAGAUCAAGUCCAACAAGGAGAAGCGUGCGAAGAAACGGGAAGAGCGCGAGAAGCAGGAGAAGGCCUCCGCCGAAGAGCGCGCCAAUUUGGAGCUGCUCAUGGUAGAUGAGAAGGACUCUAAGAUGCAGCACUUCGACAUGAACGAGAUAAUAAAGGCAGAGAAAGUGAAAAAGAGCAAGGGAAAGAAAAACAAGAAGGCGGCGAAGGAAGUACCGGCUGACAACUUCGAGUUGAACACCAAUGAUCCCCGUUUUGCCAAGCUCUUCGAAAGCCAUGAUUUCGCCAUCGACCCGACGAAUCCUAGAUUCAAAGAGACGUCGGGUAUGAAGAAGUUGCUGGAAGAAGGUCGCAAGAAGAGGAAGCGCGAUCGGGAGGAAGAGCCUGAGCAUAAGAAACCUAAGAAAGAGGCCGCUGGCGAGCCAGAUGAUGUAAAGAAGUUGGCUGCUAGACUGAAAGCGAAGUCGAAGCGGUAA